AUGGGAGACCAAGCACGCAGGUCCCAUGCAAAGAGCGGCAUCUUUGGAGCGUUGAAGUCUCCAGUGCCUGAACAUGAUGCUGAAGGACGUCGUUCCCUCACCCGGGUGAAUUCGUCCCGCACAACUGAAGCAUUGCAGUUGCGAGAGGCCUUACAAAAGUCUUCGUCUCGAAUGAAUCGAAAGCUUCUCAUCAACGAGCUCUCAUCUCCGCGAAGAGGGGCGAAUCAAAACCAGUUUGCAGACACAGAUGAACUCGAUGACCUCGAAGACGACGAGGACUUCGCUGUUGCCAGCUUUCGUGGCAAGAGUCUUUUGGAAAGCUUGGAACUGAACGUGAGGUCUGCCAAGUCGUCCGGUCGCCACUCGAUGUUUGCGAGAAUGGAUACGCAAAGCCCAACGUCGAAGAAAUCAGAACAGAGUGUUUCGUCCAAGGUGUUCAAGGAUCGAGUAGCCGCCCGUUUCAAGUCUACCACAAAAUCAGCGCGCAAAGUAUCAUCGGCCGACUCGACGGAGGAGAACUGGGAACAGUAGGGUGUCCUUUUGAAAGUAUUAGAGCGUGUGUGAUUGUGAAUGAAUGAAGUGACCAUCUACGACUUUUACAGCUUCACUCUUACGAAAUACAAAGUAAAUUGAUAGCUAGAA